AUGAACGUGACAGAGUUGAAUCUCUCGGAUCCCUGUGCGUAUUUCUCCUGUCCAGGGAGAUCUGUGUCUCUUGCAGUUUAUAUCUUACUGUAUGUGUGUGGAGCUGCUGUGAUUCUUCUAACAGUGUGUGGAAAUCUGCUCGUCAUCAUCUCUGUUCUUCACUUCAAGCAGCUUCACACUCCGACUAACACACUGGUUCUCUCUCUGGCCGUGUCGGAUUUUUUUAUUGGCGCAUUAAUGCUACCAGCAUUGUUGAUGUGGACGAUCGAGUCAUGUUGGAUAUUAGGGAGAGUUCUGUGCACCUGUGUGUGGUUAAUUGCUGGAGUUCUCAUGAGCCUGUCCAUCUACACUGUUGCUCUGAUCGCAGUGGAUCGUUAUUUGGCUCUCUCAAACCCAUUUGUCUACACGGACAAAAUCUCUUGGAGGACCAUGUGUGCUGUGGUUUAUGCAAACUGGUGUUUGUGUGUGGCAUGUAAUGUAACAUUUUAUUAUUUUAAUGGAAACUUCACAGAUUUUUUAAUUUGUCCUGGACAGUGCUAUUACUUUGUAAAAGAUUUUUGGUCUGCACUAGAUCUUGCAUACUCAUUUAUAUUUCCACUUUCUGUCAUAAUCAUAUUAUAUACUCGGGUUUUUCUGAUCGCUAAGAAACACGCCACUGCUAUCAGAGAGCUUAAUAAUCACACACGACCUCAAACACAGAAAAUCACCUCCCACUCCAUGAAAUCUGAGAGAAAAGCAGCCAAAAUCCUCGGCAUUUUAGUGGCCGUGUUUCUGCUCUGUUUACUUCCGUAUUUCCUUUGCAGUAUAUUAGGAUAUCUUAUUACGCUACCAGUAGGAACAUUUCGUAGGGUCAUGAUCUUGGUUUUUCUUAAUUCCACUCUUAAUCCAUUUAUUUACGCUCUGUUUUACCCGUGGUUCAGGAAGUGCAGUAAAUUAAUUGUAACUCUGCAAAUAUUCCAGCCGGACUCUGCAUUGAUAAAUAUUCUUUCAUAA